AUGGUUGCUGAGCGCCGCAUUGGCUUAGUCAUGGAGGUCGCUUGUACCUCCAUGAUCCAUGCGGCUGCUCCCCAUUCUGUGGCCGUUUGCGGUCCGGUAGACCCACUCCCCUUGGCUGAGCCUGUCGAGGUAGCUGUCGACUCUGGUGCUGCUGAGGGGUGUGCUGCUUGGGGUGCUGAGCCUGAGCGUACGGAGCUUGCGGGUGCUGAGCCUGGGGUUGCUGAGUCUGAAGCUACGCGAGUAGUUUUUGGCGCACCCACCUUCGGAAUGGCGCUGCUGGAGCUGGGGGGCCUGCCGCUGGAGACUCUGGAGCUGGAGGUGCUGGAGGUGCUGGUCCUGGAGGUGUUGGGGGUCCUGCUGGAGCUGGAGGUACCGGAGGUGCUGGAGAUGGUGGUCCUGGAGGUGCUCUUGCUGGAGGUACUGGAGCUGCCGGCGCUGGUGGUGCUGCUGGGGCUGGAGGUGCUGGCAGUCAUGCUGGAGCUAGAGGUACCGGAGGUGCUGGUCUUGGAGGUGCUCGUGCUGGAGGUACUGGAGCUGCCGGAGCUGGUGGUGCUGCUGGUACUUGAGGUGCUGGAGGUGCUGGAGCUAUUGGAGCUGGUGCUGCAACAAGCGCUAGAGCUGGGGACCCUGGAGCUGGCGCUGGGGGUGCUGGAGCUGUCGGUACUGCGUCACCCUUUGCCGUCUCCUCCUGCGUCCUCUCUUGCUGACGGUCCGAACUCUAAUCGGGCGAGUGUGACUCUUCAAUUGGCCUCUUGUCUUACCAUCUCUUUUGGCGCGGCGAGCAUCAUUGUCCCCUCAAUCGUCCUUCCUGGUGCCCACGAGGUUCCCCAUAUUGCCCUCCUCCGCGUGCCUGCUGACAACCGGCCUUACGCCAUUCACUCUCCUGCUCUUCUCCUCGCUGCUGCAUCGUGUCGCCAGAGCCUUCGCCCCAACCGCGCAGGGUCUCCUCCCGUCCCCGCUAGCGACCUUGCUGAUCGCGUCGCUGCCUCCCCUCUUCUAGGGAGCGGAACACCCCACUGUCGUGGUGAUGACGGUGCUCUCCUCCGGUCAGGUGGAAUGCGUCUCUCCGCCAUGGCGCGCCGCUCGCCGGCGUGA